CCGAAACACACAUGUAUCGAUAUGAACAGAACUGCGAUGGCGAUAGCAACUCGCACAGAUGAUUUUUGGAUACAGCACUUGGUACGCCGUUUAAACAAACCAUAAAAUCGGGAGAAACCCAGUUUUUGUGGUAUCAAAUAUCGCAUAAAUCGAACUGGUUGCAAAAUGAAAGGAAUAUAGUGAUCGAAGUCACCGUGUAAGGUGACUUCACCCAUCCAGUGAACUUGCACAUCAGGCAGCCCGAUACUUUGCAAUCGUAUCCCGAAACUUCAGUUUCAGAUGAGCCCAUAACGUUCAUAACUUUCAUAACGUUAACGUACAUAUGUUGUGUUGAAUCGGCUCCGAAAAUGGAUUGCAAAGAAGCUAUUGCGAAGGAGCAAGCGGUAAGUCGAAUCGCCCAUAACGACUUCAUUAUAGUCUCCCGUCAAUUGCUGAUCAAUCGAGCCGACACGGAUAAGGACAAACGGAGUGCCAAGAUGCUCAUUAUCUACAGCUCUGGAACGCAGCACAUCGUCACCUUCAAGCUGCCCAUCCAUGCGUGUACAGUGCAGGAGCUGUUUCUCAAGAUGAACCUUCAUAUCGAGGAUAACAUCACGAUUGAUUGCAUGGAGAAUGCCGGUGGUAUUAUCCAUUUGGUGGUCUCUGUGGGAUUCGCCAUCGGUGAUACCAUUGCCGAUACGGUUGCCAAGGCGGAGGAGUACUACAAGAAGGUGCAGCAGUCCAGGGCGUCCGCGGUGCCCGUUGAAGAGCCACCAUCUCUUCCGGUUGUCAAGCCAUCGGAGACUUCGGUGGCCAACAAUGGUUGCCAGCCAGCUGCAACCAAAGCCAAGAAGCACAAGAAAAGACAUUGCGCUCCGGGAGACAUCAAUGCUGACAAAGUGGUAUCGUCGUCGAAUCAAGACGCCAAUACUCCCAAGACCAAGAAACAUAAGAAGGGUCAUUCUGCAAAGGACAGGAAUGGUUAUCAAGCUGCUGGAGCUCAAGACAACCCAGGUUCAUCUGGCAAUAAUCAGGGAAAUCAAACCCCUACGGGUAACACCUCAACUUCUCCAAAGAGUAAUACAGCCCAAGUGAUAUCGUCGGCGGAUCGAGACGACAAUACUCCCAAGACCAAGAAACAGAAGAAACGCCACUCUGCAGAGGACAUUAAUGGUUAUCAAGCUGCUGGAGCUCAAGACAAGCCAGGUUCAUCUGGCAAUAAACAGGGAAAUCAAACCCCUACGGGUAACAUCUCAACUUCUCCAAAGAGUAAUACCGCCCAAGUGAUAUCGUCGGCGGAUCGAGACGAAAAUACUCCCAAGAGCAAGAAACAGAAGAAACGCCACUCUGCAGAGGACAUUAUUGGUUAUCAAGCUGCUGGAGCUCAAGACAAGCCAGGUUCAUCUGGCAAUAAACAAGGAAAUCAAACCCCUACGGGUAACACCUCAACUUCUCCAAAGAAGAGCAAUGGUCUCCAGGGCGUGCAACCAGCUGGAGAUGCUCUCGCAAGCUCCCAGUCAAUCCAGUGGAAGGACCAAGUCGCACAUGCCACUGUUAGCAAGAAAUCGGAAGAGACAGCUGGUGGAUCUCAAACGCGGGUGCAACCGAAUGUUGCAUCCAUACCGGCGCCAGCCGAGAAAGCAACUAGUGACACUAUACCCACACCUGCAGAACGCGCAGAGAGGAGUCGCCUGCGCCGGAACCGCAACUGGAUACUAAGCAGGGACUUUGACGAAGAUGUCAUUGUGCUGUUGAGCAGCGAGGAUGAGGAGACCACCGCCGCCGACAAUGGCCAAACAGAGGGAAGACUCUCCGUCGACGAGAAUCCAACGCUUUUCAGAUAUCCGCCCACCGGAACCGGUGGCCUGAGCAUCACCAUUAAGGACUUUAUGUGUCUCGAGGAAGGCUCAUAUCUGAACGACAUAAUCAUUGAUUUUUAUCUGCGCUGGCUAAAGAAUAACAUCAUACCAGAGGGUCAGCGCGAUGGGACGCACAUCUUUAGCACAUUUUUCUACAAGAGAUUGACCACAGAUACGAGUCCCAACAAGAAGAAGACGCCGGUGGCCCAGAGGCGUCACGAAAGGGUAAAGAAGUGGACACGAAACGUGAAUAUAUUCGAGAAGGAUUUCAUCAUAAUACCAUUCAACGAUCAGUCCCAUUGGAUACUGGCCAUCAUAUGUUUUCCAUACCUGACGUCCUCCGUGGUUAAAGAUGAUGUACAGACACCCGGCGAAGACAUUCCAAUCAAACAGCCAUUGAUUCUCAUCUUCGAUUCGUUGGCGGACAGCAAACGCAAUCGAGAUAUGGCCAUAUUGCGGGAUUACCUCAACUUCGAGUACAAGGCAAAGCAUCCGAGACAGCGGGCGCGCAUCUUCAACAGGGAUAAUAUGCCCGGUCUUAUUGUGGAGGUGCCGCAGCAGGAGAAUCUCACCGAUUGCGGCCUCUAUCUGCUGCAGUAUGCGGAGCAAUUCUUCACCAAACCCAUCGUUAACUAUAAGCUGCCCAUUACGGAGCUGAUCGAUUGGUUUGACCUGCUCACAGUAACCAAGAAGCGCGAGGAUAUCGCCAAUCUCAUCCAGAAGCUGAUGACUGAGGGCAAUCAGCAGGGCAUAACUUUGCCCGUCAUCAAGUUUCCCACACUGAAUGGCAUAAUGGUGAUGGAUGCGGAUGACGGGAAGGAAUGUGACACGGAGGAGGAGAAUCAAACUAUAAACCAAUAUAGUUUUAAAACCAGAGCACCGCCGAAAAGAAGGCAUACACUCAAGUAAACCACUUGUGAAGUGGCUGCUUCGGAAAACUAUAUUUUCACACGGAAGAACUGAAGACGACGACAACGCAAUGCACACACGUUUGGAACACUAGGAGGAGCAAGUGGCACGAAGUUGAGGGCUACAAGCUCGGCAAGGUCAUCAUCGAGGGCAAGACCAAGCAGG